UGCGUUUCUGAGUUCUCUUAACCACGCAUGUGUAAGGGGCAUCUUCGAUUGAAUCAACCACACUGGUCUUUCUGCAAACCGUUGUUCAGAAUUUCUCUCCCAUGGACUUUCUCAGGCUUAAUUCACUGUACGAGCUGCACUUCGCAUCGCUGUCUUUGGCCGUAUGUGGUAGAUUGGAAAUGGGUUCAUUGCGCAGUGGCAAUCCAGUAUGUUGCCAGCAGCUAUUCCCCUGUGUCAGAGCUGGCUUAUUUACAAAGACUGGUAACUUUAGGAUCUCAAUCUCUGGGAGGAAGCUAAGGGCAAACGCUAUCUGUUGAGGAACUUCCCCCAAAUGCAUUCCGCAGGAAGAAUGACCGACAAUGGAGGGGAGGGUUCAGUCUUGGGGUGGAUCUUGGACUGUCUCGAACGGGCGUUGCCCUUAGCAAAGGUUUCACUGUUCGUCCUCUCAUGGUGCUGGAAAUGCGAGGUCAAAAGCUUGAGCUACGGCUUCUUGAAAUUGCAGAACGCGAGGAGGUAGAUGAGUUUAUAGUUGGCCUUCCUAGAUCCUCGGAUAGCAAGGAGACCCCUCAGUCCAACAAGGUUCGUAGUGUUGCUGGAAGACUUGCUGCUCGAGCUGCUGAAAGGGGCUGGAGAGUAUACUUACAAGAUGAACAUGGCACCACCACAGAUGCCAUGAGCCAGGGACUCAGCCAGGAAUAUCGACAAAAGCAAAUCGAUGCAUAUGCUGCUGUGAUGGUAUUGGAAAGGUACUUUUCCAGGUCAGGCAGUGGAACUGAGCUUGUAGUACCUAAGCAGUUGGAUCUACAAGAUAAGCUAAGAAAGGGUCCACCAAAGGAUAUUGACUAUUAUCCAGACGAAUAAUGCUCUCCUCCACCCAGUGCAGCCCCAUCAUCAGCUGAUUACUUUUGCGGGUUACUUCCGAAAGAUACUGUGAAAGAGGAAACGUUGCUGGUGUCCUUAUUUCUUCGUCAUCGUUGAUUUGAAAGUGCUUAGCGACUGGAAGACUUGGGAAGAACUUACCUGACUUAUCCAGCUGCAGAGGCAUUGGUGAUUCAGAUUCUUUUGAUGUUGCAGCUUCAUCAAUCAGCAACAACUCCAAUGGCUUCUUCAUGUGCACUGAAUGCAGCUGGUAUGAAGUAGCAGUGGUGCACAAAAUGAGAGAAGCUGUUUGAAAGCAGAAGAGACUUGUAACGCAAACUUGUUGUCCCCUGACACUUGGAAACUCAACUUUUCCCAAACUUGUAUUCAGAACUUUCAGUUCAGAAAUACAUAUUGUGUUUUCUAUGGCACAGCUCUAUGGUUUCAGCAUCAAAGCAUUUGGGAAGAAUUGUUGAUGAAAUCACGAGGGGUAAACAAACAGCUGCUCCAGGUCAUCGGAAUCCUAUCAUUGGAUCUUUUCAAUGAUUGCUAUCCCCAAAAAGCUGUCAGGAAUGUGGAUACACAGAGUCAUUUUGGUCCAAGAUAUACUGUUUUACUUUCUGGGCUUCCCUCCCAUUCUGGCCCAUGGAGAUGGAGUCACUUGGCUCACGAAUAUAAACUCUCCUCUGUCGUUCUCAUCUGUUUGUAACAUCUUUGCGGCAAUGGCCACUGAAUCCGAUCCAUCCGCGGAGGAAACUGGGGCAGGGACGAGCGACGGCGGUGGCGAUGAUGCCUCGAAGAAGCGGAAGCGGGAAGAGGACGUUGGAGCCGGCGGAGAAAGAGGGAACUCUUCGGCCACUGAAUCCGAUCUAUCCAAGGAGGAAACUGGGGCAGGGACGAGCGACGGCGGCGGCGAUGAUGCCACGAAGAAGCGUAAGCGGGAAGAGGACGUCGGAGCCGGCGGAGAAAGAGGGAACUCUUCGGCGGUGGUCUCGUUGGGUUCGAUGGAAUUCCGGACUUCCCGUGAGAUGUUCGAAUUUUUCGACUCCUUGAUCAGCUCUUGGCGGAGAAAUGAUAUGGUCGUCCACAAGGAUAAUUUCCCAAUGUUGCUGGACUUGGUGAAGAAGGGACACCCUGAGCCUGAGAAGUUGAUUGGUUCUGGUUUUAGGGGAUUUUGCAUCCUUGACAACAGAUAUUGCAGCCGCAACCGCACCUUCUACCUUUUCACGAAAGAUAAUGCGUUUCAGUUCUGCUUCAGGAGCUGUGUUCACAACAUCCUUCCCUUGCCCGACGAUUUGAAAGAACAAGGCAGCGGUGCUGUUUGUGCAUGUCAUCUACCUAGGCCUGAGGUUGAGGAGGUAAUCCUGCAACCCUGGGGAUUCAGCACUCCCGAUGCUGUGUUUUCACAUUUCUUCUACCUGCUUUACCAUUUGCCACUUAACAAGCCUAUCACGGAGCAAUCCCGGGUGGCGUUGCUGGAGUUGAUGAGGAAGGGGGAUCCUGCACGGUGGGAGAAUGAGUUUGGCUCUGGUUCUGAGGUUGAUCAAUAUUCAUUUGAAGCCCGAAUCCACCCACUGUACAUGGCAAGUAGUAGGCUACGAAGCUUCUUCCUUGUCCGUCAGAGCGACAGGUCUGCCGAGGAAUUCUGUUUCCUCAAGCUUGUCGAGAACAUCUGUUCUUUGCCGGAGGGAUCCAAAGACGAUUAUGUUUAUCCUUGUUCCUGUCAUCGAAGCCAAGGCGAUUUCAUCACCUUGGGUGUGAGGAAAUUCGCUACGUCCCAUGAGAUGGCUCUGUAUUUCGACAACCAUCUUUACAAUGAGCCGCUUAAUGCUCCUGUUACCAUGGAGGAGUUAAGCAUGGCGGCGUUGGAUUUGGUGAGGAAAGGCGAUCCAGAGUUGGGGAAGAAGAUUGGGUUAUCCUCUGGUGUGUACGAAUCAUAUUCUGUCCAAGCUAGAAGCGACCCAGUGUGGGGAUCAAGAGCCUACUUCAUUGUUAGGGAAGAUGGUUCUAUGGAGCCGUUUUGUUUCUGGACAUGCAUCAACAAUAUUCUCCCCUUGACAGGAGAAGAUAAAGAUAGAUGUUGUCGGGGUACUCGUAUAUGCCUUAAUUUUGCUGCCGGACCCGGUUGUGAUCAGGAACAAGAAGAGGACAUCGGGCCGGUCUUCAAAUAG